UAUUCCACGCUCGUCGGCCAUCUUAAACACGUCCGUAAUUUGCCCAACGAUAUUCUUCUUAGUUGUUUUGCAGUUCCAUCGUUGAUUUUAUCGGAAUCUCACGUCACGAAAGAUUUUUAAAUAUGGGCCGCUUGCGGAGAAAACGAAUGCACAAGAACGACAAACAUCUAAAGAAAAAGUAUCGAACCAGAAGGCGAACAAAGGACUUGGACCAAAUUCACGAGGACAUGCAACCAAAGAACGCUGCUAAAUUAAAAUCACAAGAGUGUGACAUGGAUUUACCAGGUGCUGGACAAUAUUACUGUAUACAAUGCGCAAGAUACUUUGUUGAAGAAAAAGCCCUGAAAGAUCACAUGAGAUCUAGAGUUCAUAGGAAAAAAGUGAAAAUGUUAAGAGAAGUGCCUUACACAACAGAAGAAGCAGAGAGAGCUGCAGGAAUGGGAUCAUACACACUCACAUCAACCAAACCUCUGUUACCAGUCAAUGAAGAUGAGGAAAUGAAAAACACAGAAAGAGUGGAAAGUGCUGGCACCUAAUCACUCAGUGAUGAUGAAGUGAUGCUAAAAAUAAAUUUCUGAUAUUUCUACAUGUGUGCAA